AUGCACAUGAAUCCAACGCCCCUUCCGCACUCGGAAGAUGACGGCGUCAUGUUUGCCUCGAUUGGGCAAACAAGUCUCGCGUUGAGAGAGCCGCCGCCGGGACUGCAUGCCACCGACACUUUGGACGACGUCUUUGCCUCUGAGGAUGUCCAGGGCACCACUCCGUUCUCCUCGGAGCCGUCGGAUAUGCGGCGGCUGCAGAGCGAGCACACGACGGCGGGUUACCGCGAGGGCGUGACGGUAGCCAAGGCUGCCAGCGUGCAGGCCGGGUUCGACGAGGGAUUCGGGCUCGGGGCCACGUUGGGACUGAGCGCCGGCGAGAUCGUGGGUGUUCUCGAGGGCCUUGCCGCUGCGGUUCCUGGCGACGAGCGGCUGGCUGCGCUCCUCGGCGAGGCGAGAGGGGACUUGUCAGCUCGGUCGAUUUUUGGGGCCACCUACUGGGCUCCUGACGGGACGUGGACGUAUCCGGUCUCCGGGCAAGACGGCGGGGACGUGGUUUUUAGGCAUGUGGUGGAAGCUCAUCCACUCAUCGCCAAAUGGCGAGCUGUUUUGAACGAGCAAAUUCAUCAUUGGGGGGUGAGGCGUGAUUUGUUCACAGAGGAUCAAGCUGUCGACGAGGAGGUCGUCAGCCAGAAGAAGCCCGGAAACCCCGCCACGGCACCCAAGGCAGCGACAGGCACAGUGCCGGCCACGCAGUCUCGCAUGAGUGAUGCGCUGCAGUGGUGA